AGGGUAGUACAGCUGAGCAAAAUUUUGGAGUGGUGUGUGUGCAGUUCUUAAACUGCCGGUUUCCUUGAGUCGUAAUUACUCUGGAUUUGGUUACUAAGAAGGAAGGAUCCAAAGGAAUAUUAUGGGUUAAGGAGAGUAAAUAUAUCUUUGUGAUUUUGUUGUGGACACGGACCGAUUUGGAAAUGGACAGUUUUGUCAUCAAAUAAGUCAUGGUCCAUUUUGCGGAUGAAUAACCAAGGCUAACUUGUCAACCAUGAGGCUUGAACAUCAAAGAUCUUAAGGGAAGGGAACUGUUUCAUUUAAAGAAAUGUUGGAAGAUCAGAAAGCUACCACCUCGGCUUGCUCGGCUUUCGAACAACAUCGCUUCAAAGUGCACCUCUGUGUCCACUGCUUCAAACUGAAGUCGGCUCACGUGGAGAAAGCGGACAGCAUGAUGGAGUCAACAAAGAUCCUCGCUCUUGACGACAACAUCAACAAGGUGCAAGAGAAUGAUGGGAAGGCUGCGAAGCAGAAGUAUGACAUUCCCAAAGUCAUCAUUCGUAACCAGAAUAACCUCCAGAAGGAUGUUAAAGGGCGGGGCGAGAGACAGGCCGAGAGGAAUAACAGGAAGAGGGGUAAAGAGAGAACUAAAGAUUCACUAUCCCACAAUGCAAAGCGCGAUGUGACGAGCAAAGCCACAAAGAAUGCCGUGACCUUAAACAUCCCCUGUGAAGCAGAACGCUCGUCUGGUUUGGACAACAAGGUAUCAUCGAAACAUGAUUCGACGCAAGCCGGGAUAAAGGGCUCUGAAUCGUCUUCUGAGAAUGGAAGUAUCAACAUCAAUGUGCUUGCUGAUAAGCAAGGAAUAGAGACCAAUGGCAACAUCUACCCGGAUAAUAAUCCAUCAGACAGUGAGCUGGAGCUCAGUGGUAGUUACAGUGAGCAGUUUAGGCGGGUGUUGCGCCCCGUACAGAAGGCAGGAAGCCCAUCAAAGACCAGAGACAGGAACCGCCGUGAUCCUGAGCUCCCGGAAUUUGUGAAAGUCGCCAAGAAUCUUAGACACAUCCAGAGCAUGGGGCUUACCUCUCCUGCAGAGGUUCAUAGUAGCAAUAACAACAACCAUUCUGUUAUCGAGACGGAAGAAAUGCUCCCAGAUCUUCCUGACUUGCCGAAUGUGGUUGGAAGCGAUGCCAGUGCCGAUGAGCAACAGAAAUUGGUGGAUUCAAAGUCAAAUCUGCCCAAUUUUGUCAUGAAUUCACAAGCUCCAAUUACAGGCCACGAGACGUUUCCAAAAACCAUAGGAGGAAAGUCAAGGCCAUCUAUAAAGCCACUAACAAAACACAAGAGACAGACAUCUGAUCCAGAGGUCUUUAUGCCGCCUGUGAAUGAAGAAAUAAUGGUGAAUGUCAGCACUUGUACAGGUGAAAACACGAAUGAUGUGCAGACUGAGAAUGUUGUGGUGAGAAGCAGCCAGCUCAGUUCGGAUGUUUAUUUUGGCAAGUCUCCGGUCACGUCUCCCCAGAAACAUGCUGGCAGUGAUGCACAGCAGGAUUUGACAUCCCGAUAUGGGCAUAUUGCGGAUUGUGUCACAAUCAUUUCGCAGAGUGGGGAGGUAUCUCAUCACUAUGAGAGAGACAGAGGAGACAAUGGUAACGAAGAGAUGGCAGAGGAGUCUGUUGCAUCCCCAACGGUGAAAACAGAUCCUUAUAGGGUCGUAGAUUUGCACGAUAAGCAGGAGAAAAGGAAAUCAAGCUCUGCAUUAAGCAGUGAAGGAACCUCAUCUAGUAGUGGAAGAAUGUCAAAUGAACUUGACGAAGGUCUUGGAUUGAUCCAGCAGGAGGACGGUGGAGCUGGUACCUCCAUGGAUCCAUCGGGUCACUUCUCAAGGAGAAAUGUUGCCCUUGCCGAUGGCAUCUAUACUGCAUCUCAGUUCCACACAGACUCGGGUAUCAAUGAUUCUAUGGAAUCCAGCGAUUCGAGUGAUGCCCCCAAGCAUGAAACACCACCUACUCAGAGUAGUAAGAGAAAUACGCCACCAUACCCUAUCAUUCUUCAUGAUGAACAACCCCCUGAUAAUAACAGGAAAAAGAAACGAAACUCUGGACAGUAUAAGGUUCCUAUAUUUAUUAUGCCAAAGGGGUAUAACAGCUCCGACUUGGAUGCUAGUAAAACUGGCAAGGAUGCUGAUAUAGAUGGUCGGGUAGAGCUGGGUCCUAGUCAAAGCAUUGAUUACUUGCAACCUACUGAGAAAAAUAGUGAAAAGCAAACUUUCACAACAAGGGAAAAAAAUGCUAAGAAAGAAGGUGCCCAGAAUCUCCUGGAAUCAAAGAGAGUUUCAUUGAGUGAUGAGACAUUACAAGAAUCUAGAAGACCAUCUCGAUCAAGGUCAAAAACUCAUCCAGUUUUGGAGGAGGAAUUAUCAAAUGGUUCUAGUGGGAAGGACCAGGAUAUACCAGAGUUUAGUAGGACUAGGCUUAAGAGGGUGGCUCCAAGGCCACCAUCAAUGGAAUUUGUUGAACAGGACUUUGUAAGGGAGAGGGAUGACAGGCUCGAUAGCUUGCCACAUCGUUCCCCACCCUCUCCCCCUCAAAAACACAAAAAGGACAAGAAACAAUCAAUAGACAGGAGCUCCUCAGACCUAUCGGAUGACAUCGACAGAUCAUCACAUCUGCUGGCAUCCAAUAAUGAUAAGUCCAAGGUAGAAACCUGCAUAAGUGGGAGCUCAGGAAAGGGUGAUGAAGUACGAAGAGAGAUGUCUCCUACAAGACACAGAGACAUGUCCCCUAUUAGAAAUCAACAUGAAUCUAGAAAGGCAACUCAAGCCAAGAAAGAGAGUCAUUUCCGAGCGAGGCUGCGAGAGUUUUCUCCCACUGGACGAAGGGAAUUGUCACCCAUGAGCAGAGAGAAACUGAAGGAUGUCUCCAACAAGGAGAAUCGGCCAAGUGUCCCGCAUAUGAGACGAAUGGCUUCUCCUCCACCUCCUCUCAACAGACCACAGCCACUCAACCUCCCAAACACAGCCGCCACACAGGAUGCACCUGCUGUCACCACAAAGUCCAAACGGUCCAAGUUGCCUUGGAAGAGAAAGAAGAAGCGAAACGAUUCUGGCAGCCCGGAGAGGGAGUUCAACGCGGAGGAGGUGGAGAAGUGGCUUGUGAGUUCUUUCUCCGCCUCUGCUUCCCCUCCUGCAGGUACUGACCCAAAUCCUGCGAAUCCUAGGAACUCCCUGGAGCGCCUGGAGGUCAUCAAUGCCUACAAGGGGGAACCAACAGUCGCUAUCAAAAGAGCAUCCCAAGCUACUACUAAUGCUGCCUCUCCUGCCACACCCAAUACCAAAGAGACCACACCCAAUGCUGCAACCAAUCUCAACAGGAAUAGCUAUGUUGAGAGCGAAGACGACGAUGUAACCAGAAGUGGGGGGAAAAGAAAGGCGCCCAAACCCCCUACACCCCUCCCAGAUCACCAAGAUGAAGGCCCCAGUGAAGACCCAGUCCCACUCCAGAAGUCCUACUCUUUGUCACCCAGCAGCAGGAGGAAGAAUAACGAGACGAACAGAACAGAGGAUGAAAAGCACCUCUAUGAAAACAUGGGUACCGGUCGAGCGAACAUAGCCCCUCAGAAGCCAGCGAGGCGGAGACAACGGAACAGGACCACAGGCUUUGAGGACUUACCAUCUCGCGUCAAGCGCAUGGCCCCAAAGACUCCUGAUAAACCAACCCCUGAUGCUGAUACAGAAGAUGAUGUUGUUCAGGCCACCAGUGCGAAGCAACUGCUGUUUGAGGACAUCCCACUGAGUUCCUCGCAGCCCCUGAAGUCCGCUCUCCGGAGCACACAGUCAGAACCACUGCGGGUAGAUGCCGAUGGCAAGGUUGUCCCGAAGCGUCCAGUCCGAAUCAUUGCUCCGGAAGAUGAAUCCAUCGACACCCAGUUCCCGCUUCCCAGUGUCCUGCGAAGCGACUAUAAAAACCUGGCUUUGGUUCCUCAAGCGGAUCUGGAUGGCAAAGUCCUCAAGGAUGCAGGGACCCAAGUAGAGGACAGUUCUCAAAGAUCAAAGACAUCCUUUGCAGAUGCAGAUGCUCAAUGCAGUUUGAAUUCUCACAACAGUUCAUCCCUUAAUCAGCCAAGUCUGGGUAAUCUUCUUCAUGAUGUUGAUGCUGUCCAUCUUCAAGCCUUGACACAACUCUCGAGGACGAUACCAACAAUUUCACUGGACUGGGCAGGGUGUAGGGAUUCGGUCUGGAAGGAGCGGAUCACAUCAACAGACCCUAAGUGUCGUUCAGCAGGAGCUGCAUUCUUUGAUGUAACACAUCCAACAAGCUCUUCCACUUCUCCAGGUUUACUGGUAUGUUGUGAUCCAAGCAAGACAACUCAGGUGCUUCAGAUGGCUGAACUGACCAAAUCAAUGACAUCUCAGCCCAACCUUAUAUCUGUGUCCCAUGCAACCAGAGACACUGUGACCAUUGAUUCUUCACUUCUUGAGCAAAGAAAAACCAGGGGCAGUUCUCCCCAAUCAGGUGCAUCCAUAGAGACAGCCUUGGUCUUCGUUGAUGACUUACCAAAGGGGAACGUUGCGGAGUAUGUCUCGCAGAAUAUCGAGAAACAUGCAAAUCUACCUGAGGUCUACGAGCGGGAUGUUGCUUCGAUGCUGCUGCAAUUGUGUCAGGGACUGUGCCAGCUUCAGUCGCGCCACAUGUGCCUUGAGAGCCUGAAGCUCGACCACCUCUUGCUGACAGAGAGUGGACUUCCCGGCAAAGGACACCGUCUAGUCAUCAACCACCUGAUGGGGGCAGAAGUGGUAUCCCCAACGAGGGCAGACGAGAAGGAGGUGGCUUCGAAGCUGGAGCAGAAAUGCCACGAGUUUGAUGUAGGGAUUCUGGUCUACGAAUUCCUCCAUCAACCCAACCCUUUCUCCACCCGGACGAGCUUGAUCAUCUCCGACUACACUGCAGAUGACCUUCCCGACAUCCCCGUCAAGUCGUCCCUCUCUGCUGAUCUACGCACGAUCGCUGCGAAACUCCUCGCCAAGAAUCCCCAGGACAGGAUCACCUGCCACCAGGCUGCCGCCCUCUUACAGUGCCUGCUCUGGGGCCCACCAUCAACAGUAUUCACUGAUAAUGCAAGCACAGCCGAGGCACUGAACCAAGAACUAGAAAAGUGGCUCAUGACAGAGCAAGCAAAGGUCGUAACCAAAAUAGCCCUGUAUUCCUUGCUCGGGCAGACAUCCGUCGAGAACAAAUCCGGACUCACUCUAUCAGACCAACUUCAGUGUCAGUAUCUAUCUGAUUUGACAGUGGACUCAUGCAAAGAGAUGUGCAGGAUACUCCAUGGAGAAGCGCCAAGUGAUACUGUAAAUGUCAUCGAUUCCAACUUAGAAUUGUAAAGUAUGAUUCUGAAUCUAAUAGAUAUGCCAUACUGUGCUUCCUUUACCCACUGUUUUUUGUUAUUUUUGAAAAAUGGUGGAAUUACACAAAACCAAAGUCAGACUCUGUGGACAUUUCUUUCAGUCUGUGAUAGAUUGUCUCUUCUGUUUUUCAAUCUCAAGUGCUUUUAAUACUUACUUCAUUGAAUUCACCAACAAUGCUAUUCUUGUGCCUUUGUGUCAUUAUAUUCCUAUGCCCAUGGAAGGGUAUUUUUAACCAAUCGUUUCUAUUUUUCAUAUCAUCUAUCUCCAGUGACUUUCACAUUUGAAAGAUCUGCUUCAGAUGACCAUUUAUAAAAAUAUCAGAUUUAUAUAUUUAUUAAUUUUAAAAUGUGUUUGAAUCUCAUGUCAAAUUGGAAGAAGUAAAAAGAAAUCGUGCACUUAGGGUGCUCAUAUGCAUGUAGAGUUCACAAUCAUUUCCAUUUAUUAUCAAGUAUUUCCUGAAAGUAUUCUCAAAGUUUAUGAUUAAUUGAAAUGGAUAUUACUGGGUCGGUUUUUCAUGCUGCUGGGUUUUAUCACCAACAACCUCCUAAUCGACAUGGAAGUCAUCACUCUCAACAAAUACACAGCAAUUAGUUUUAUUUUUCUUCAAGGUUGGAUAGAGUCAAAGUGUCAAGGUUUAUUUAGACGAGAUAAGUUUAGAUAUAGAAAUGCUCAUCCCGAGGUGCUCAAAGAAGUAAUGUGCAUAAGUUUGAAAUCAUUACUGAUAGUGAACCUCUGUCCUUAAAGAAUUAAGAACCUAAAAUGAGGUUACGUACAUGUACAUGUAUUUGAUGGUGUCCCUGAAGGAAAAAAAAUGAGUAAACAGCAGUACUAUUUUGUAAGUAUGCAAUCGAUGUAGACGAUGUGCGCAAUUUGAACGCGUAUGUAAACUAGGCUGAACAAAGAGGCACAUUUUUUUUCCCCAAUACACCGUUUGGUGUAUGAUCCUGGCAUGUUAUGGUGCCUUGCGAUUGCUAAUUUAUUUUUUUUUCAUGCAGAAGAAUAAAAAGUGACAGUCUUUGUCUUACUUUGGGAGUUCUGUAAGUUUGCUUCAUCAGUUACAUUUCUUUCAUUUUUACACACACCGAUUUCUGUUUUCAUGCACUACAAUCAUUUAUCAUGCAAUCGCCCAUCCAGAAAUGUGCAAGGUCUUUUUCAUGCAUAACUAUUAUUUGCCCCAUGGAGCAUUCAUUUACAAAAUUUAAUGUAUGAAGACUUUCAUAUUUGAUUGUAUUUUUUAGAUAUGAAGGUGCAAAAAUAUAUGUAUAUCUUGUGCAAUUUUCAUCUUGUUUAUAUCCAGUGCCUCGUAGGAGCUUACAAUUUUAUAGACCAAAUGUAUCUGUGUGUGUGUUGUAUAUAUAUAGUUUUUGUACAGUAUACAUUAUGAUUCAUGAUGUACAAUGUAAGUAUUUGCCCAAAUUCUUGUUCAUUGAAAUACGUGGACUUCAAAUCUGUUGUUUCUUGUAUCACCCAACCCCUGUUUGCAAAGCCUAAUUUCAGUUGCGAUAUGAGCAUCUAACAUGCUGGGUAUUUUCCCUCAGAAAAUCCCUCAAAUUUGGUUGGCUCUGUGCUAUCCAAUUCUGCUUGAGGAGGAUUUUUGGUGUAGAUUUUUCAUGGCAAUCAAAACAAAUGUAUUUCAUAGUAAAGCUGUCUUGUAUUUCAUCAAUCUGACUUCCUGAUGAGAUGUCUGAGAGAAGAUACUAAUAUCAAGUGUUGUGUAUAUACAUUCCUCAAACUUAAUUGUGGCUGAAAAAUGACAGGUCAGUCCCCGGCUUUAUGAUAUGUAAGAGUCACCAAGAAAAUAUGUAUUCCCUCUGUCUUAUGAUAAGUUGUGUUCGACAUUUCAAAUAUACAAAGUUUGAAGAAAAUUUAUUUCAAAAAUGAUAAUUUUGAAAAAGUCAUGGGACUUUCUUUAGACUCUCUUAAAAAACUAUAUUCAUAGAAAGCAUAUUGGACCACAGUGAAUGUAAAGCAAUGUAUAUGCAGUUUUGCUGGUGAAUUGAACUUGAUUUCAAUAAAAUUUACUUUUCAAGUUACAUUUAUUUUAUCAAGAAGUUCUUUAGCUCAAAAGAGUAUAGAUAUGCAGGUAAGAUAGAAUAGUCAUUUUUAAAGUCCAAUAUAUUCAGAAGUAAUUUGCAUAAUCUUAAAGCUAUAUUUAUAUACAUUUAUUAUGUACAUUAUCAAAUAUCCUACUUGCCAAAUGAAAUAACAUCUUUAAUAUUUUUCAAAUAUGUAAAUCUUAAUUUGUCAAAAUGUGCUUUGUUGUGUUUUUUGUUGUUGUUUUUUUGCUGUCCGCUUCCUGAUUUUGACAAUUGUUUUGACGUCGCUGCAUAUUUAAUCGAGAUGUUCAUGUACGAGUUUACAUGUUCUUCAUAGUUGGUCGUGUGUCUAGCAGAAAGAUAUUUUGUGUAUAUCUUUAUAUUUUUUACUUCACUCUUGUUGAUGAAAUAAAAGCUUUACAAAAUGAUAAUAA